AUGCCGCAAAAGGUCUGGCAGAAGCACAUCUCAUCCAAGCAGCCUGCCAUCUUCAGAGCGGAGCAUGGCCUUCGCCUGGAGCUGCGGAGCUGCUCGUUGUCCGAAGAUUCAGCGAGAAGCACAGCCAGCAGCCGUUUGUAUGUGACUGUGGAUGGCCAACGUCGAGCCCUGGGAUUUGUAUCUUCGACCCAACCAUUUUGCCCGGUGAGAUUCACCAGCCUGUCACUAGAGACGACCUUCAGCUGUGAAGGUGGAGAUCUGCUACUGAGUGGCCUGGUGAUGGAUGAUCCCUUCGCCGCCGUGAUGAGUUCAGCCGCGCCCAAGGCCAGCCCUUCACCGGCCAAGAGCAGUUCCCCACCAAAGCUUUCACCCAAAGUGACGCCCAAGGCCAGUCCAAAGGUGGCACCAAAAGCUGCGCCUAAGACGAAGGAGGUGAAAAAAGAUCAAAAGGCGGAUAAAGCCGUGACUCAGAGAACUCUGCCUUCAGGCUUGCGAUAUGAAGUCUUGCAGAGAGGUAGUGGGCCACAGGCCAUGUCUGGUAAGAAGGUGAAGGUUCGCUACGAGGGUCGUCUGGGCAGCACUGGUGGACGUUUCGACAAGGGCGUCAUCGAGUUCCGCCUGGGGAUGGGCGAAGUGAUCGAGGGUUGGGAUCAAGGUGUGAAAGGAAUGUUGCGUGGUGAGCGCCGAAGAUUGCUGGUUCCUGCCAAGCUGGGGUAUGGCCGGCGGGGCGCUCCGCCGGCUAUCCCACCCAAUGCCAAUCUGGUCUUUGAAGUUGAGCUGAUGUAG